CGCACCAAUCCAAGUCUCUGUUGGGGGGAAGGAAGCUCAAAGCUCAAAGCUCUGGAGCUCAGGCUUCGCACAAGAAGACGACGACAACGACGACGAGAUCUCAAUCUCAUUUGUAGCGCUUUGCAACGAUGAUGGAGUGGUUGAAUGCGAUGGUGUCAGAGCCCUAUUACCUCUUCCAUUUCCUCGCCGCCUUCUCCUACAUCCCCAUCCGCUGCUCCGCCUCCCUUGUCCUCCCUCCUGACAUCAUUACUCACCUUCUUCAUCGGGAGAUUCAAGCGGCAUUGGCGUUCCUUGUGCUCGUUGCUAUCAGGGUUUUUGUCAUCCUUGUUUCGUUGAUUAUUGAUCACCACCUCACUCUUUGGUACAUAUUGUCAUUCCUAGUUAUUUAUGCGUUAACACCUCAACCUGCUUAUCAAGGUUUAGGAACCUCAAGCAAGCUGACUCCUCUGCAACUGGAGACCGUGCUGACCGAAGGGGGCCACUCAAGGUUCUGGUUGGUAGAAUUUCGUGCUUCAUGUUUGGCCUCGUGCAUACGUGCUAGUCGAUGCUUUGCUGAGCUCUCAAUUACAUAUUCAAACAAGAAUUUGUCUUUUGGGAUAAUUGACCUUGGACUAUUUCCAAAUGUAGUGGACAAGUUCGGAAUAUCUCUCGUGACAACUGGACAGCUUCCCACAUACAUCUUGUUUGAAAAUGCAACCGAAGUUGCUCGUUUCCCAGAGAUUGAUUUUGAAACAAAAGCUUCUCAUCCUCCCAUAACGAAGAGACUCCUCACGCGGCAUUUCGAGCUGGACCGUCUCCUCCUUGAAUACGUGAAUGGAAAAUAAGUAACCUCAAUAAGCCUUUCACCUGCUCACAACUCAUUUCUGGGUUUUGCUUCUUGUUAAAUCAGAAAAAAUGCAGUUUUGGGUGACCAAUAUCCGUCAUCAGCACUAAUCCAUGGCAACAACCACGAGAAUUCCUAGUUUGGGUAGCCUAAAAUAGUUUUAGCAAUUGUUUCUUAUCGAAAUUUGUCAGCACCCUUUUUUAGUUUUUCUUGCUCAGGACAAUGGUCUUCUUGGAGGCAGUGAAAAUUAAAUGGUGCUACAGAGAAGAGAGCCCCGGAGCCUGAUUUUGCAGUUAGUCCAUUGAGCUUCAACUCAAGUUCCCGAUCAUUCACUCUGAUGAACUUGCCCCAUGCCAAGUCCUCAAUUACGAUAAAUGCAGGCAUUUGCUACUCUUUUCUCCGUUCCUUGUAAGCAUCAUGAUGUUGGUUCUUUUAAAGUCUAUAGGUUAAUCAGCUCUCAGAUCUAUAAUUUCUUAUACAAACGAAGGUCUUUCAAGAUAUUUGCACGACGAGUACUUGACAAAGAAUACCAUCGAUGCUAGCAGCAGCAUCCUUGGGUUUCCUUCCUCCA